AUGAAACGCCGUGAAGUGGUGCUUUGCAAGGAUGCGCCGCAAGAUGUGCGUCGGGCCAUGCGCGCGCAUUACGAGGCAAAGGCUGCUGUGGCCGAAGAAAGGAGGCGGGCUGCUGCUGAAGCGGUUGCCGCGGUGAAGGCUAACAGUGGGAAGCGCGCGCGAAUCACCGAUUUCCUUGAGGGGGAUGCGGCUGCAAGAAAGAGAGAAGCGGACGAGUCUCUUGCGCUUGCUUGGGCCGCCCUCCACAUCCCCGAGCGCCACAUUGACCAUCCUCUGAUGGUCAACGCAUUGAACAACGUCUCCCGCGCCGGCGCCGACUACGUCCCUCCCAAGAGGAAAUACGUCGGCGGUGCUGGCCUUGUCGCAUGUCGCAACGGAAUCGAGGCGGGUUUGGUGGGCGUCAAAACGAGGACCUGGAAGCGGACGGGCGUGACGGUUUCGUCCGACAUGAUGACGAACCGCAGGGGCAGGCCGCAGGCCAACAUCCUUCUCGUGAAUGAUUCCGCCGCCGUCUUCUACGACUGUGUUGACUGCAACAUGGAGAAGAAAACGGGUGGUUACGUGGCGGGGAUUCUCAGGCCCGUGGUGGAGGAAGUGGGGCCAGAGAACGUUGUUGCGUUCUGCAUGGACGGGGGAUCGAACUACGCGGUGGCGGUGAAGCGACUGAUUCAGGAGUGGCCGCACAUUCAGGAUGUGCCGUGCGCCACCCACGUGAUGGAUCUUCUCCUGGAAGACGUGGGGAAGAUGGGGUGGGCUAAGUCGGUGGUCGACAAGGGAGGGGAGAUAACCAGCUUCGUCCGCAACCACCAUUGGACCCGAGGGUACCUGCGCACGCCGGAAUUGGUGGAGGGGAAGGUUCUGGAAGCGCUGAAGCCGGCUGGAACCCGGUUCGGGACCAACUACAUAGCCAUAUCCCGGCUGUGUGCGAUGCGCGGCAGCCUCACCAACAUGGUGACGAGCGAGCACCUCGCAUGCGCCAUGCAUGUCGCUGGCCGCAUCCUCAACCCCGCCAAUCAGGAGGAAGAUAUUUUCGGCACUGAUCCCGAGUGCACGAAAGUCUUCAAGACGUUAAUCAGCCAGUAUGCCGAGUUCCUUGCGAGCCGCGCGGAUGGGGGGGAUGACGCUUGCAACAUCUUGCUUGAGCUGGGGGACGGGCUGAGGGCUUUUCUUGACAUGAAGGGUUCUUUUGGGAUGCCGGAAGCCGUGGCACAGAGGAAGCUGGUGAAAGAGGGGAAGUAUAGCAUGGUGAAGUGGUGGCAGUGGAAUGGGACUGAUGGCCCACGUGUGGCAGGGCUCGCGGUACGGGUGCUAUCUCAGCCCGUGUCAGCCUCACCUUGUGAGCGUGGAUGGUCAUCGUGGGAUGCGGUCCACACCGCACGUCGGAACAGGCUCGGAUCCGCCAAGUGCAGGGACUUGGUCUAUGUUGCGCACAACUGGAACGUUGUGCGCAACUGGCACACGCGCGCCGAUGUCCUGCCACAUGUGGUGCCCGGGAUUGGAGCGGAGCCUCCAAUCCCGGCGGGAUACAAUGGGCUGGAAGACAAGACGAAGGGAGAGGAUGAGGAGGAAGGCGACGACGACAUCCUCGAAGACGAGUAUGCUAACUAG